AUGACGAAAUCCUGGUUCACCCCGGCCGAGGGCGAUGAUCCGUGGUUCAAACCUGAGCUGCGUACGCAGGCAUAUGACAAGAUUGGCGAUGCAUAUGACGACAAGCUUUACGAGACGCUCAGUGAAGACUGGAGGGAGGAUGACCCACAGCCCUAUCUCAAAUAUGUACGCGAGGCGUCCGCCGACUGGCCGCAUCUCCGGCUGCUCGCGGACUUCAUGGAAGUUGGCACCGUGCCGCAGCGGUGGAAAGACAUCCGCCCGGAGGAGCCGAAACCGAAGCCGGAACCAGUUCGCGUGCUGGACUAUGACGACACCAGCGAGGUGAAGAUGAAGGAGAUCCACUCGGCGGAUCGGCUGCGGCAGAGCCUGCGGGACGGCCUCUCGCCUGGUGCCGCCGUGAAGUUCCGGUUGUAUGUCGUGCACGACCUCUCCCGAGACGUCAUCGAGGCGCUGGGUCAGGAGCUCAACAUCGACGCGGACUUCUUCCGCUCGCACAUCGUUGACUACGCGUGGUACAACGUGCGCGACAGAUGGCGAGACCCGCCCGUCCCGGAGCUGGUCGGCCGCCGGCGCAAUUGGCUUCAGAUGCGCUACGUUACAGCCAGAUACUUCGACUCGAGUGCCGAGUUUGAGGACGCGACAAAAGAGGCGCAGGGCUUCAACGUGCUGCGAAGACCCGACGACGACUUGAGCAACCGGGCGUGGUGGGACAAGAACGGCGCCAUUGUCGCCAUCACUCGGUGCCGUGCGACGUAUUGGCUGCCGCCUAACCACGCGCAGGCUGGGAGCUCUAUCGGUGUCCUACUUCUCGACCCGACGGUGAAGCAUGGGAAGCCGCUCUGGGGCGGCCGGCGGAACUGCCGCCAGACGCCAACACCCCGUUCGUUCGCAGAGCGCGCACCCCUGGCCGGUGAGUCCCUCAAGCCGAACCUCUUCUUCGACGACUUCAUGCACUGGGCGACGCACACGGAAGCUUUCUUAACGCCCUCGACCUCGAACGCCCACGUCCCGAUGCAGACGCUGCUGCACCUCGCCUGCUCCGAGUGGCAAACCAUGUGCGAUUACAUCAAGACGCGGCUCUGCCAGAUCGACCUCGAGGUGGUCAAGCCCGAGAAGUUCGCGACCGACCGCCACUCCAAGCACGCGCUGGAGAAGCUGCACAUGUGGCGGCGGUUCGUGCCGCUGUACCGCGAAAUGGUGGACGAGACGCUGCGGCACGUCUUCCGCUUCCCGUGCCAGCCACCGCCGCCCAUGGACACAAUCACGGUACCGGCAGUACCACCCGCGUCCGCGCCCGUGUCCGUGGGCCAGCAGCGCACGACAACGCCGCCGAAAGGAACCAAACACCACCACCCCAUCACAGCCUACGAGGCAGACUUCCUAACCAUCCGCGCAGCCCUAGACGAAUACCAGCAGCGCAUCGACCGGCUGACGGCCGUCGUAACGGCCGUCAUGACCAUCGAGGACGCGCGGCGCGGGCUGAAGGACAACCACAACAUCGGGCGCCUUACCUUCCUGGCGACCUUCUUCAUCCCCUUUAGUCUGGUCGCCGGCAUCUUCUCCAUGCAGCAGGACCUGGGCGACGCCCUGCUCGGCGGCAUGACGCUGCAGCGCUUUUUUGAGGUGUAG